AUGGUUAAACCGGAAACGACAGAAACAUAUUUCCCAAGAGGUGGAGGAUCGGAAAAACCAAAGUUCAACAAGGAGAAAGGCAGUUUUCCGGAUAAAAAAGGGCAAAAAGUGAGUUAUCUCCUAUUUUUAUCAUAGUGAAUAAGUAGUCUUAAAAAUAAAUAAAUAUUUCAUUUUCAGAGAAAGGCUGACGAUUCGCAUGGCAAAGUGAAAAAAGCACGUGAAGAGUCGAGUUGGAAUUGUAAAGUUGAAAGUGAGGGAUUCAUUGAAGGAUUAAUGGGAUGUGGUGUUGUUUCGGAGAUUUAUGAGGAUGGUGUUAUUUUGCACACUUCGGCAUCACAAAAUGUCAGAAUUGAUGUGUCAGAAGUUUCGAAAAAAUUCGCCGAAAUUUUCAAUCAAGAGAAAAUUAAUAUGAAAACAGCAUUCAAAAUUGGACAAAUGGUUCCAUUCAGAGUAUUGAGUAAGAAAGAUACAUGUAAGUUGAGGGCAAAAGUGUAAGAAAAUAUAAAUCAAAUUUUUUUUAGUGAAAAAGGGAAGUGUUCACGCGACUUGCAAUCCAGCAAAACUCAAUAAACAUCUCUCACCAAAUAUGCUUGUUGCUGGUUUAACAAUUCAUUCAGCUGUUCAAAGUAUUGAAGAAAAAGGUGCUGUUUUGGAUAUUGGAUUAGAUCAAGUAAGCGGAUUUAUCGAGAAAUCUCAACAACCAGCAGAAGGUUUGAAAGUUGGACAACCUUUGUUGGUUAGAAUUGUUAAAUCAACAACUGGAAGAGUUAUUCAAGUAACAUCAUUUGUUGAACAAGAUAAUUUGAAUAUUGCAACUUGCGAAAAACUCCAAUUAAAUCAAUUAAUGCCAGGAACAAUUAUUGAAUGUGAACCAACUGGAGAUGAACCUGUUGAAAAUGGAGUUUUUGUUACAAUUGGUAACGGGUUGAAAGGAUUACUUCCAAGAAGAUUAUUACCACCAAGACUUCGCGAAAAUCCAGAAAAACUCACAAAAGUUCUUCGAGCUGUUGUCAUGUUUUGUCAACAAAAUAACAAACUUCUUGUUUUGAAUGCACAUCCUGAUAUUGUGGCUGUUAGUAAAAUUGAGAAGCGUGUGAAUUUCGAAGGAUUUUCGAUUGGUGAUAAGAUUCGAGUUCGAGUUGUUGAUUCGAUUGUUUCCAAAAAUAUUGUUUAUUUUGGUUUGCCGGAUAGUGAAGAUGGCAAAAAAUCACUUGUUACUGCCAUUUGUUCGAAAGGAUUUUUGGAAAAACCUGAUAGAAUUGGUGAGUUUUUUUUGGUUGGAAGAUUCUUUACACCAUUUUUUAUUUUAUUUUUUUCUUCAAUUCCAAUUCAAACCCCGUUCCUAAUACCUUCAAAUUCAUAUUUUUCAGUCGAGGAAUAUUCAAUCGGCGAAGAGAAAUUGUGCAGAGUAAUUGGCUACAAAUACGCUGAAAGAAGUCUAGUUGUCUCAACUCGCCAAGAUAUCAUCAAACAAAAAAUCACAAGUUAUAAAGACGCGAUUUGUGGAGAUAUUGUUGAAGGAAAAGUUGUGCAUGUUUCAAAAUCCGGAGUUCAUUUCUCAAUUUGCUCAUUUGUUCGAGCUUUUGCACCACUCAAUUUGUUAUCCGAUAAACCAAUUAUUUUGGGACAAAAGAAAAGAGGUUUCCAAAUUGGAACAACUGUGAAAUGUCGAAUUUGGGAAGUUCUUGAAAAACGAAAACAAAUUAUUGUUUCGUGUCGCGAAAAAAUGGUGGCUUUGAAAUCGGGAACUGGAAAUCAUGCGGAAAGUUUGAAAAUUGGACAAACUUAUCCAUGCAUUAUUAAAAAGAUCUUCGAAUCUGGUGUUAUUCUUGUACGAACGUAUAAUAAUAUUUUCGGAGUUCUCAAAUUGGAAGAAGCCAAAAAAUUGGGAAAUGUCAAAUUAUAUGAUUAUAUUGAAGCGAAUGUUGAACAAAUUGAAGCAAACAACAGAAUUGUAUUUGUUUUGGCUGAUACUUCAUCAAUUUCGAAAACUAAAGCAUUGGAAGGACCGAUUUCUGAUAAGAAACUUAUUCAAAAACCAAAAAUUGCUGAUAAGAAUAUUGUUGAAAUUGGAAAAGUUCAUGAAGGAAGUGUGAAUUCGGAAAAUGAUCGAUUAUUUGCGAAAUUUGUUGGAGAAGAUGGAAAGGUUUGUAAAUUUAGAUAAAAAGUUUUGACAACUGUAUCGAUAUUAGCGAGUGAAUAUCUAACAAAAACUUUUUUCGAAUGAAAAAUCAAAACUUUAUUUUUUUCCAGGAAAUUGCAUCGAUUAUUGAAGAUUCGUUUGUUUCUGAUCUUUUGGAUGCUCCAGUUGGAUUAAUCAAAAGAAUUCUCGCAGAAAACCCUGAAAAUAUUGAUAGAAUUUCACCACUUGGAGUACUUUCAGCAAUAAAUCGAUCAACCAUUAAAAGAUCAGUUGCAAAUUACAUUCGAGAAAACGCGAAGAAUAUCCCAAAAAGUGCCGAUGAUUUGAAAGACGGAAAAAUAGUUUUCGGAAUUGUCACACAAAUUCUAUCAAAUACUGGAGUUUUUGUCGAAAUUCUGGGUGGAAGUGGUUUAAUUGGAAAAGUAUUUGAGAGAAGAAAUGGAAAAAUGGCAAGUGAAAUGUUUGAAAUUGGACAAAUUAUUGUGGCUAAAAUUGUGCAUUUCGAUAAGGAAAAAUCGACAUUUUUGUUGGAUGCAGUUGUUGAUUUUGACAAGAAACAGAAACAUUUCGAAUAUUCGAUGACGAUUUUGAAAAAUAUUGUUGAAGAGGUAGGAUUUUAUGCAAAAAAGUUAAGGAUUUAGAAAAAAAAUUUAUCAACAAAAGUUCAGAAGACACAUAAAUUGGAGUUCUCAAUGAUUUUCAAAAAUUGAAAAGAAAAUUGAAAUGAAAAUUUUGAAACGUAUUUUUUUGGAAUGAAAUGAUUUUUGUCGAAAACUUCCGAAACAAAUAAUAUUUCUGUUUUUUUCGUCACAAAAAAUACUCUUUUCUACGUCAUAACAUUUUUCUAGAUAAUGUUUUCAACUCUAAAACUUCCAAAUUUUUAACUCAAUCUUUCCAGACUGCUUGGCUUGCUGAAAAGACAAAAAUCCCAAUUCCCGGAACACUUAUCAAUGCAAAAAUCGGAAAAGAAUUGGAUGAUUUGACAUUGGUUGAAUUUGAAAAUGAUGGAAAGAAAAUAUCUGGAAUUGUUCAUAAAAUCGAAGAUCAAAAUAUUCCGAAACAAUCGAAAAAUGGAGAAGAAUUCAUUUUGAUUGAUGUAAAUCAUUCAACAAAUGAAGUUGUUUUGGCAAGAAAAACUGAAAAACCAACACUUAUUUCAAUUCGACGUGAUUAUCUUUGUGCAAUUGAUUCAGAAGGUCUUAUUUAUCUUCCAACUCGACUUCAUUUCAAUCAUCUUCCGAAUAUUGAAAAAGAUUUGAAAAUUGGACAAAUAUUGGAAAUUUCAAAGAUUGAAAGUUUUGGAAAUGUUCGAAUUGCUGUUAGAAACAAUGAGGAACAAAGAAUUUCGAAAGUUCUUUUGGAUUUUGUUGGAGUUAAAAUUGAAGAAGUAGAAGAUGAUGAAAAAGUUCAAGUAACUCGCGAAAAAACUAUUAAGAAUUUGAUGAAAUAUACGGGUACUGUAAUUGGAGAAUAUCCAUCUUCAAAUGGACAGAAUUUCACACUUUAUGCAAAAGUUGCACUUCCUGGAGGAAAUAUUGGAAAAAUUCAUGUUUCUGAAUUGCCCGAAACUAUUUUAUCAUCAACUUUCAACGGAGAAGAAACACCAAUGGAUGUAUUUUUGCAAAGAAAUGCGAAAAAAUCGCUUGUUUUCCGGGUUAUUGGAUUGACAAAAAGUGGAAAGAAUGAUAAAAUUGCGGAAUUGAGUUUGAAAAAAAGAGAAAUUGGCGACGACUGGAAAAAUUAGAGCAGCUGAAUUGAAUUAUCAAGCUAAUUAUAAUGUUAGAGAUAUUUUGGGGAAUUUUUUUGAGGGAUUUUCAGCGCUUGCCACGUGGAUUUUCAUAAUUCUAAUAAAAUUAUAGCUUUAAAACUUGUUUGUCCAAUAAUUUUUCUGUGUUAAAAUUUUACGAUAAUUCUGAAAAUACACGUGGCAAACGUGAAUUUGUGGAAAAAUUAAAAUUUCAAAAAUUCUUAAUUUCUUAACUCAAUUUCAGAUUGGUGAUACAGUUCGAUGUUUUGGUUCUGCUUCAAAUGCUUCAUCAGAUAAUAUCAAAGUUGAAAUCAGUGGUCUUUGGACAGGAACAAUUCCACGAGAAAAUCUAUCGGAAGAUUUAAAAAUAACUGAAAAAGAUGGCGAAAUUUCGGGAGAUUUAUCAAUCAAAAAAGGAGAAAUGAGAUAUGCAAAAGUUGUUGGAAUUGAUAAAAAGAAGAAGAUUUUGACACUUUCAUUGAAUGAUUCUCAAACUGGAAGUUCGAAUGAUUAUUUGAUUGGAUCAAAAGUUACUGGAAGAGUAUUCUCAAUUCAAGGAACUACAGUACUUUUGAAAUUAUCAUGUGGACAACAAGCUAUUUUACCACCAACUGGAAUUUCGGCGAAGUUUGAGAAUUUGGAAGAAAUUGUUGUCAAGAAAUUUGAUGUUGGAAAGGUAUUAGAGAUAACAAAAAUUAAUUAAUUUUGUUUUGUUUUAUAGCUCGUUGAUGUUAUUUGCGCAAAUUUCACCGAAAAUCCGAGAAGAUUUUUCGUGGUUUUACCAGAACGAUUUGAUGAUCUUGCAAAUGCGUCAAAUCGACAACUUUAUGUUGAUUUUGAAGGAAUUGAAAAGGGAGAUAAGGUUAGUUGAAUUUUUCAAUGAAAAAUGGGAGCGGGUUGCAACUUUGAUUUAUUCCAUACAUUUCCAAAAGCAUUUUUCAUUUUUUUAGUAAAUCGAAAUUUUCGGAUAAAAAAAUAUUUCAUCAUUUUUUGUAGUCUAAUAAUUUUUGUAUAACCUUCUUCAAAAAUCCUUAAAAAAUCAAUUUCUUUUUUGUUUGCAGUUUGAUGGAAUUGUUCGUUCUUCUGCUAAAACUGCUCUUUAUAUUGAACUCGGUCCUGGAAUAUCUGGAAAAAUCCCAGUUACGGAAGAAAAUGCGGAAAUCCUCGAAAUCGGUCAAAAUAGUGUUGUUAGUGUUGAAGUUGAAAAAGUUGACGCAGAAAAGUCGAUGAUUUUGUUGAAUUUGGAAAGUAUUUUGAUUCGAAAGUUUGCCAAAAAUUCGGAUAGAAAACGAAAAGGAGAUGGAAAUAUUGGAGAUGUUCCGAAGAAAGUUGUGGUUUAUGAAGAGGAAACAAAAGAAGUUGAACAGGGAGAAGAUCCUGGAUUUGAUUGGACAAAUCAAGGAUUUAGAAAUGAAGAUUUGGCAAAAGUUGGAAAAUUGACAUUGGAAGAUGAGAAUAAAGAAGAUGAAGAAAAGGAUGAAGAAGAAGAAAAUGAAGAAGGUGAUGAGGAAUCUGGAGAUGAAGAUGAAGAAGAAUCAGAAGGAGAAAAAGAGGAAGAGGAGGAAAUGACUGAAGAAGAAAUCUCGAAACAAAUUCGAAAUGAUCCAAAUUCGGCGAUUCUAUGGAUCAAAUAUAUGAGCAUGUUUUUGGAAAAAUCCGAUUUGGUUGCAGCCAGAAAAACUGCUGAUAGAGCUAUUGAAACCAUCAAUUAUCGGUUGGUUUUUGGGAAAUUUUUAAAGCACGAAGGAAGCCUGAAAAUCUGAAAUUGUCAUAGUUUUUUUUCCAAAAAAUUGAAAUUUUUUGGAUUAGUAAAGAUCAACUCCCAAAUCAUAUCUAAAAUCCCAUGUAAGUUAGGAUUUUCUGGUGAUAAUAUUUCUUAUUAUGUUGUCAAAAAAUGCUCAGAUUCUAUUACCAUCCCGCUCUCCAUUAUUUUCUCCGAGUCUUAUUUUGCUGAAACCUUUCCAGAAUCCUGGAAAUCUUCAUAUGUAAUCCCCCUUCAUAAAAAAGGAUCUAAAUCCGACCCCAAAAACUAUCGCCCCAUAACCCUAACCCAUCCCCUUUCUAGAAUAAUGGAAAGAGUAAUCAUUGAUCAAUUACGUCCUGUUUUUGCCAAAAAUUUCUCUAUUUUCCAAUACGGCUUCCUAAAUUCCCGCUCCUGCACCUUGGCUAAUCUAGAAUUCAUAUCCAUAACCCAAAAAUACCUAUCAGAAAACAAAUUUGUUGAUUGUAUAUGUUUCGAUUUUUGUAAGGCUUUUGACUCAGUUCCCCAUAAUCUCUUAAUCUGUAAAUUAUCUAAUUUUGGUUUUGACGAUCGCUUAUGUAAAUAUUUUUCAUCUUUUCUAACUAACCGUAAAUCCCACAUUAAAAUUGAAGAUUAUGUAUCUCCUAACAGUUUUCCAAUUAUCUCGGGUGUCCUUCAAGGAACCGUCUCAGGUCCCUUCCUAUUUCUUGUGUACAUAAAUGAUUUACUCGGCCAAUACUGAAUGGGUCCCACUGAAAGGGACCGGUGUCAAAAAAAGGGACCGGUUUUAGUAGAGUCUGAAAGGGACCGAACAAUAGAAAAAUGAAUGACUGAAUGGGACCGAUAAAAUAAAGGGACCGGGAUAAGAAAAUAGGAAAAACUGAAAGGGACCGGGGAAAAAAGGGACCCGUUCAUUAUUUUUGAAAAUAAAAUAAUUCUGCUGAAUGGGACCGAAGUAAAAAAGGGACCCGAUUGAAUUUCAAUGAAAUCUGAAAGGGACCGGCGAACAAUUAUGAUAACUACUCUGAGUUCAAGUUAAUUUUUUCAUGAUUUUUUAACAAUGUUUUUGAAACAAAGUUCUGUUUUGAAGUAAUUAAGAGCGAUGAGUAGAGUUCAUUUCAUGCAUUUUUUCUUUUUCAUGGAUCAUUUUCAAAAACAUUUAUUCUUGAAUUCAUACGUCACCAGAGAUAAUCGACCCGUGGAGGGGUCAUCACUUGAGAAAAAAUUAGGACAUUUGCUUAGCUUUGCGUUGAUUUCCCCUAGAUAUUCUUGGCGCCAAAUUUGAAAAUUUACCAAAAUUCAGCUCGGAGAAAUAUGGCAACUUUAAUAGAUUUUCGCACCUUUCAAAUUUUUUUCGCACCUUUCGAAUUUUUUUCGCACCUUACACAUGUCAAAAAACCGCGUCAGCUGUGAAAUAGAAUGUCUUUUUUGCAUACGCAGAGCAGACUUUUGGGAAGUUUCGGCAAAAAAGUCGGAAAUGCUAUCAGAAAUCAGUUUUUUACAUUUUAAAAUUUCAUAGAGAAAACUGUCAGAACUCGUGAUGAAAUAUUAUAAUUUUGCUGGGGAAUCUCAUCGAAAACGUAACUGAUGUAAAGGGUUGAAACGAACAACCAAGAGGAAUAACGCUGAGCCACAAGUAUGUAAUAAGUUUUCAAAAUGAACUCUACUCAUCGCUCUUAAUUACUUCAAAACAGAACUUUGUUUCAAAAACAUUGUUAAAAAAUCAUGAAAAAAUUAACUUGAACUCAGAGUAGUUAUCAUAAUUGUUCGCCGGUCCCUUUCAGAUUUCAUUGAAAUUCAAUCGGGUCCCUUUUUUACUUCGGUCCCAUUCAGCAGAAUUAUUUUAUUUUCAAAAAUAAUGAACGGGUCCCUUUUUUCCCCGGUCCCUUUCAGUUUUUCCUAUUUUCUUAUCCCGGUCCCUUUAUUUUAUCGGUCCCAUUCAGUCAUUCAUUUUUCUAUUGUUCGGUCCCUUUCAGACUCUACUAAAACCGGUCCCUUUUUUUGACACCGGUCCCUUUCAGUGGGACCCAUUCAGUAUUGGCCGAUUUACUCACCCUAUUCCCCCCUGAUGUUCAUUUUUCUGUUUUUGCCGAUGACCUCAAAAUUUACAGUACAAACCCUCAAUCCCUCCAGAAAAGUAUCGAAAUUAUUUGUAAUUGGUGUGGUGUUUGGAAACUGAAACUUGCUGAGAACAAAACCAGUGUUCUCCAUUUUGGCAAGAAAAAUCCAAGCUUCAAAUAUCAUGUCAAUACCCUCCCUAUUUCCCCCACAAAUCGAACCAAGGAUCUUGGUGUUUUUAUAGAUAAUGACCUAAAUUUUGAAUACCACAUUUCCCACAUCACUAAUAUUGCCCUUUUAAAAUGUCGCCAAUUAUUGUAUUCUUUCAAAUCUAGAAACCCAAAUUUUUUGUUUAAAUUGUUUUAUUCUUAUGUCAUGCCCUUAUUAGAUUAUGGUUGCGAGAUCUACCAUCCCUCCUCAAUUUCACAAAUCCAAAAACUGGAAAAACCCCUUCAAUUGUUUUCUCGGCGCGUUUUCCAAAGAUGCAAUUUAUCCUACUCAUCAUACCAAAACCGUCUCUCCCAAUUCAAUCUAAUCACUACCCAACAUAGGCAACUCAUUUUUAUCACAAAUAUGUAUUAUAAAAUCCUAACUAACUCUAGUCAUUUCCCCUCCCUCCCCCUAUUUGUUACAUCUUCCACCUCUCAGCGCUACCCCCUCCACCUAAAAUGUAUUGGUUCUCGCAAAAACAACUCAUUUCUGCACAAACACAUUUCUCUCUGGAAUAAAACCUCAAAAACACUAACCCAUUCUCGUCUCCCUCAUAAUAUAAUUCCACAUCUGAAGUCUCUGCCAUCUAACCAUUUUCUCUAAUCAUAAAUCUCACACUGCACAUUUGGACUACCGUACUCUUGCGGGUACAAAAGUCCAUCUUAUAUUCUAAAUCACUAACCUCAAAAAUCUUGUCAUCUUAUAUUUUCCAAUCUCCUUCUUUUAUUUAAAUAUUUAUUUUGGCUUAAAGAUGUAUCUUCUUCUUUCUUCCAAUUUCUUGUAAAUUUAAAAUGUGAUAUGAAUAAAUAAAUAAAAUAAAUAAACUGAAAUUCUAGAUUGAAAAAUCUAGGAAUUUUCAAUUUUCACACGAAAAAUCGAAUUUUCUAUCAAUAGGAGAUUUUUUGAAAUUUUGUUGGGAAACAUUUUAUUGUCAAAAAAUGAAGAUGUUCACUCAAAAAAUCCACAUGGCUUAAUUUGUGAGCUUAAAAUUAAAUUUUUGAAUUCUUUAUUCCUAAAUUUGAUAUAACCCCUGAUUUGUUUUUUAUGAAAAAUUCAAAAAUCAGAGUUUCCCCACUAAUCUCUUGAGACUGUUCCGAUUUUUCCGAAAAACUAAAAUAAAACUCAAAAAUCAAAAAACAUCGCAUUUUUUUCCAGCGAAUCUGCUGAACUUCGAAAUAUGUGGACAGCUUAUUUGAAUAUGGAAGUAGCGUAUGGAGAUCAAUCAACAGUUCAAAAAGUCUUUGAAAGAUCGUGCAAAAACGCGGAUUCCUACACAAUGCAUCAUCAAUUGGCCCAAAUCUAUCAGAACUCGAAAAAACACGCUGAAGCUCGCCAAGUUUUGGAGACUAUGAUCAAGAAAUUCCGCGCUCAACACAUCGAAGUUUGGAGUUUGUUGGCUGAACAUUUGAUGAAAAAUGAAACGGAUUUGAAAUCGGCGAGAGAUUUGUUGCAAAGAGCAUUGAGUAGUGUGCAAAAAGAGAAACGUGAGUGUUUUUUUCUGAAGUCCAGAGGGACUUGAGUCUUUUUUCAACUUUAUUUUCAUGUUAUUUUUUCAGACACCCAACUGAUUUCUAAAUUUGCUCAACUCGAAUUCAAUUUCGGUGACAGUGAAAGAGGAACAACAUUAUUUGAAGGAUUAGUAACUGCGCAUCCGAAAAAGAAUGAUUUAUGGCUUGUUUAUGCUGAUGCUGCUGUUAAACAUUUAGGAAUCGAACAAGCAAGGUUUGUAGUCUUUUUUGGGAAGAGGGUUGACAAAAUUGGAAAUGUUUUGGAGUUUUCUGAGGCGAUUUUUAGAGCGAAAGUUCUAUUUUUAAAUAAUUGAUCAAAUCAAUUUUCCCAGAAAAUAUUAAAUUUGAGAAUUCCGUAAUUAAAAAUAACAUUGAAAAUUGAUAAUUUGGGCUUUAUUGUGAGAUCUCAUUUUUUUCCAGAAAAAUCCUCGAUCGCUCAGUUUCCUCCACCCAAAAUCCAUCUCUCCACAAGAUGCGACCACUUUACAAAAAAUGGCUGGAAAUUGAGAAUAAAUAUGGAGAUCCGCAAUCAAUUGAAUUAGUCAAAUCGAAAGCUGAAAAAUAUUUACAAUCAGUUUCGGAAUCGAUUUAA